AUGAGUUUAGAAAAUGAUGAUAAGAGAGCACGCACACGAUCCAAGUCUAUCCGAGUGCCCACGGAGCUCAUCGGCCAGGAGGUGAGCUGUCCAACUCCAGGCUGUAAUGGCUCAGGACAUAUCCGUGGGAAGUAUGCGAGACACAGAAGUUUACAAAGCUGCCCUCUAGCCAAGAAGAGGAAACUUCAGGAUGCUGAGGCCGAACAUCUGGUGUCCAAGAGGAAAUCCCACCCACUCAAACUGGCCUUGGAUGAAGGCUACAACGUGGACAGCGAUGGCAGUGAGGAGGCCGAGGCCAAGGAGGAGUCUGGCUCUGAUGAGUCGGAGGGGAUGCUGGAGGAGGACGAGGCAGAGGCCAUGGAGCAGGAGGAGACCCACAGCCCCGAGGCAGCAGAAGACAGAAGCCCAGCAAAAUCAACCCACUACGGACAAAACACAGCCACAAGUACAUCUGGGCCCAGUAAGGCCAACUACAGCAGCUACCAAGAAAUAAUCGCCAACUCUCUCCUAAACUUAGGCCAAAUAGCAGAGGAAACCCUCGCCAUCGAAGGGCAGCUGCCCGAAGCGGAGCUGCAGGGCUCCAAGCCAGCAUCCAACGUCGUGCAUUUGGUCCAUGAGGAUGCAGGAGAGGAGUUGGUGGAGGAGGAGUGCGACAAGGAGAUCAUCAUCCAGACGGAGGACGCGGAGGAGGUCAUCGAGGUCACCAGCGAGCGCAGCAGCGAGUUGUGUCCGGAGUCCCGGGACGACACGAACGGGGAGGAGUCCUGUAAACUGGAAAAGGCUGAAGCAGAAGAAGAGGAGGAGGAGGAUGAUGAUGAGGAGGAUGAUGAGGAAGAGGAAGAGGAGGAAGAGGAUGAGGAGGAGGAGGAGGAGGAGGAAGAAGAGGAGGAGGAAGAGGAGGAGGAGAUGGCUCCUGAAGUGAUCUGCGAGGAAGCUCCUCACACUUCUCAGGACCCCCAGAAAAGCCACUGUGAAGGGCAGUUCAGCCCCAAGCCCGAGUACUCGGUCAUCGUGGAGGUCCGGUCGGACGACGACAAGGACGACGAUGCCCGCUCCCAGAAAUCAGCCGUGACGGAUGAGUCGGAGAUGUACGACAUGAUGACCAGGGGCAACCUGGGGCUGCUGGAGCAAGCCAUUGCCCUGAAAGCCGAGCAGGUGAAAAUCGUGCGGGAGCCCAGCCGGCUGCCAGGAGAGCACGUGAAGCACUUCCAGGUGGAGGACAAACAGAACAAACCGCUGGACAGCAUCCGGAAGAGCUACUACGGCAAAGAUCCUUCGAGGCCUGAGAAGAGAGAAAUCAAAUGUCCAACUCCUGGCUGCGAUGGGACCGGACACGUCACAGGACUUUACCCCCACCAUCGCAGCCUCUCCGGCUGUCCGCACAAAGACAGGAUCCCCCCCGAGAUCCUGGCGAUGCAUGAGAACGUGUUGAAAUGCCCCACGCCCGGGUGCACAGGACAGGGUCACGUCAACAGCAACCGCAACACGCACAGGAGUUUAUCUGGGUGCCCCAUUGCUGCUGCUGAGAAAUUAGCCAAAUCACAUGAAAAGCAACAAACCCAGUCUGGUGAUCCUGCAAAGACCAGCUCCAAUUCUGACCGGAUACUCAGGCCUAUGUGCUUUGUGAAGCAACUGGAGAUCCCUCAGUAUGGAAGCUACAGGCCCAACAUGGUCCCAGCAACCCCCCGGGCCAACUUGGCCAAGGAGCUGGAGAAGUACUCCAAGGUCACCUUCGAUUAUGCAAGUUUUGAUGCUCAGGUUUUUGGCAAACGCAUGCUUGCCCCAAAGAUUCAGACUAGCGAAACCUCACCUAAAGCCUUUAAAUGCUUCGACUACUCCCACGACGCUGAGGCUGCACACAUGGCGGCCACCGCCAUCCUCAACCUCUCCACCCGCUGCUGGGAGAUGCCUGAGAAUCUCAGCACCAAGCAGCAAGAGGCCCCUGGCAAGUCCAUGGACAUUGAGGUGGAUGAAAAUGGGACUCUGGACUUGAGUAUGAACAAACACCGCAAGCGGGAGAGCACCUUCCCCAGCAGCAGCAGCUGCAGCAGUAGUCCCAGCAUGAAGUCCCCAGACGUGUCCCAGCGCCAAAACAGCACCAGUGCCACGAGCAGCACCAUGACCUCCCCCCAGUCCAGCCAGACCUCCCGCCAGGACGAAUGGGAUGGGCCCAUUGACUACACUAAACCAAACCGCCAGCGGGAAGAGGAGCCAGAGGAGUCAGAGCCUGCUGCUCACUCUUUUGCCUCCUCGGAAGCUGAUGAGCAAGAAGUGUCAGAGGAGAACUUUGAAGAGAGAAAAUACCCAGGUGAAGUUACUUUAACCAACUUCAAGCUGAAAUUCCUCUCCAAGGACAUCAAGAAAGAGCUGCUCACUUGCCCAACCCCAGGCUGUGAUGGCAGUGGACACAUAACGGGGAACUAUGCCUCUCACCGCAGCCUUUCUGGUUGUCCUCUUGCUGACAAGAGCCUCAGAAACCUCAUGGCUGCCCACUCUGCUGACCUCAAGUGCCCUACUCCUGGUUGUGAUGGCUCUGGUCACAUAACAGGAAAUUAUGCAUCACAUAGAAGUCUGUCAGGCUGCCCUCGUGCCAAGAAAAGUGGGAUCAAGAUCACCCCGACAAAGGAUGAUAAAGAAGACCCAGAGCUGAUGAAGUGUCCCGUUCCGGGCUGUGUCGGGCUGGGACACAUCAGCGGCAAGUACGCGUCUCACCGGAGCGCCUCCGGGUGCCCGCUGGCCGCCCGCAGGCAGAAGGAGGGAUCACUCAACGGCUCCUCCUUCUCCUGGAAGUCCUUGAAGAACGAAGGCCCAACCUGCCCCACCCCAGGCUGUGACGGUUCUGGCCACGCCAACGGGAGCUUCCUCACUCACAGAAGUUUGUCAGGGUGUCCACGAGCUACUUUUGCUGGGAAGAAAGGAAAACUCUCAGGGGAUGAAAUUCUCAACACAAAGUUCAAGACCAGCGAUGUUCUGGAGAACGAUGAGGAGAUCAAGCAGCUGAACAAGGAGAUCAGUGAGCUGAACGAGUCCAACUCAGAGAUGGAAGCGGCCAUGGUGAAACUCCAGUCCCAGAUCUCCACCAUGGAGAAGAACCUGAAGAACAUUGAGGAGGAAAACAAAAUCAUAGAGGAGCAAAACGAAGCCCUGUUCCUGGAGCUCUCAGGGUUGAGCCAGGCUCUCAUCCAAAGUCUUGCCAACAUCCGCCUUCCGCACAUGGAUCCAAUUAGUGAGCAGAACUUUGAUGCCUAUGUGAACACGCUGACAGACAUGUACACCAACCAGGAGUGCUACCAGAACCCAGAGAACAAGGACCUGCUGGAGAGCAUCAAGCAAGCUGUCAAGGGCAUCCAGGUGUAGCGCCGCGGGAUGGAGAGCAGCAAGCAAACAGACUGUAAGAUGGAAAUUCCCCUCCAAGUAUUCAGGUUUACAAGUCAGAAAACUUGUUUAAUGAAUGAAAAAAAAAGAAAAAAAAAAAGGACCAAAAUGUAACCAAGAGGCCAUUUCUGAGACAUGGAACUGAUCAAACUCAAUGUUCUCGUUUACUUAACUUUGGACCUUCUUGAGAAAAGUGGGAUUUUUUUCCACCUUGACCACAAGGUAGAUCAGGAUGGAAGAUUAAAUUCUCCAGUAGGCUGUGGGGCUUGGUAGCAGGUGAAGAGCAGGCAUCUUCCAUGAGUUGUUUGCUCUUGCAGAAUAGAUCCAAGGGUUAAAAUGUUAUAAGAACAGGGUCUUGUCUGAUCCAAGACUAGUGUAUGACUGGCUUAAACCCUCAUGUUGUCUAUGGUUGUAUGUCCAGAUCACCUACUCACACAUGAGUUAUGUUCUAUGUUGCUACAAGUGCUGGAGCUGCAAGCUACCUGUAAAUCUGAACCUGUGCUGGGCCUCCCAACCCCGAAGUGUUCAGAUAUCCACUGGGCAUGGGAACUCUGAAGUAUUAUAAAGUAGCUUAUUUUUAUUUUCUGAAAGAAAUCUGAAGAGCAGUUCUGGAUCUCCAGUGGAAAGCGCAAUGGAAAAACGGUUCUCAGGGAAGCUUUUGGAGUUUGCAACUACAGUAUUCCUUUGUCUGUCUUAAAUAUGAGAGUAGCUAUUAUGAAUAGGCCAAUUCCAGAUAUUUCAAACAGAAGACUUUCUUUAAUGUGUCAUGGUCCAGUGUAUAUGAUUUUUUGGAAAUCUGUUUGAUGACAGUUCUGGUUCUUUUCAUUAUUGUGAUCAUCCCUACAGUGGCGCAGUACUGCCAGUCCAGAGAUCAUACAUCAAUGCCAGAGAACGGUUGAGAUUGUGAUGAACAAAACAAAACAAAUCAAAUCCAAAAGAAGCAAAAACCAAUAAAAAGAAAGAUGUUAA